GGUCACCUCUCUAUGCUGGACAGAAGUCAGGGCUCAUGCUGGCUCUCAGAGAUGUCUUCUGUCCUGGGUUUUCACCUGAAUGCCUUCAACCUCAGUGUCUGAAUCUGUCAACUGCCUUGCCGACACGCUCUUGCUCAAGCACCGAGGAAAUAUACUGCCAGCUGAGUCAAGUACAAGGAUUGCCCAGGAAAGAGAACAUUUAAGAGGAAAAAAGAACCAGGUGUAGGGCAGCCAAUAAAUUGUCAAUGAAGAGAGAAAGCAGGCAAAGAGAGCAGCUGGCUAGAGCCCAGCAGAAGAAACUCAGUGCCUGGGAGACCAGCUUUCUGUGCUACAUUAUUUCAACAGCCAAGAAGCCACUGGAGUUCAAGGAGAGAAGGAGCUGGACAGCCAAGCUACUCUUCUCUGUAGCUCUGAGUCCUCACAGCACAGCUGUCUCCCUGCCAAUAACCUCUGCUCGUGGAGCAAUGCUGGAUCCUGAGCCUUUGCUGAUCAAUAAAGAAGCAAAUCCCACUGGAAAAGAGAUAAGGUUGGCUGCAAAGGGAGAGUCAUUCCUCUCAUGUCUGGAAGCUAAAAGCAGCACAUUUUCCAUUAUUUGGGUCGUAUCUGAACAGCACCAGUUCACAAAGCCCUGGAUGUGCUUUCUGUGGAGCAGCAGCAGAGAGGAAUUACCAUCAAGGGGCUCGUCAGUGUCAGUCUGGCUGAAGACUCAAUAUCUGAAAGAGAGAACAACUAUCCAAUGUUGUCUUUCAGCUGUUUGGUAUGUGGUCAUGUGUUUUAUGUAUUUCACAACAUUCAAAUCUUGCUCAGAAGACAGAAUUCCUCAUCUCUUUGUGGACAUGUUUAUGGUACACCUCACUGUAGAACUGGAUGUAGAACUUCCUCAAAGAGUAAGGAAGAAUAAUUUCACAACACUGAUAUAAAAUAAAGACUGUCAUCUCUAUGAAUAGUGAACUAAGGCCCACAGAAAUAAAGAUCCAAAGUAUUCAAGAAUUUCAAGUCCUGAAUUUGAGGCACGAAGAACCUGAACUUUCAGAACAACUCAUGUGCAUCUGUGCAUCUGAAUACAUAUAACUCUUUUAUAUAAGGUGUGUGAGUAGGAGAGUAAGUAUUAUGCAUGUACCAUACAAAGCACAGGAUUUAUUUAAAGGACUGCCAUUAUUAGGGUCCUCAACAGCUCUCAGUGUUCUGAUAUUUUCAAUGAGA